AUGGAUCGUGCCGUCCGGUCAACGGUCACGCGGUCGAAUGAGGCGCUCCUGCGCAUCGUCCACGAGUACAAGGCCGGCGGCCUCGAUUCGGUGGCACAGCUCGAUGUCGCCUGCGUACCCGUGAUGAAUCGGCUGUCGCCGUUCGCGAGUACGAGGCCGGACGGCAUCGCAACUCGCAGCGCGGCCGUCGGAGCUCUUCAAGCCGUCGGGAUUCCAUCGGCGGAUCCCUCGACUCCGGGGUUUUUUUACCCCUGCUCCCUAGGGUUUCCGUCGGCGAGGGCGGCGGCAAUGGCGGCAGGUGCACCGGGCUCCAGCAGGGAGAUGGAGCUCCCGCCGGGGUUUGCGUCGACCCCGAUGCACCCACCGAUGACAUGGGGCAAGCCGCGGCGGCCUGCUCCGAAUGGCGUGCCGCGCUUCGCGCCGCCGCCAUUCAGCCGCCCACGUGCUCGUCGGCAGCCGACAGCUACAUCGGCGGCCCGCUUCCUGACCGCGGCUACGGCGACGUACCAGCCGACGUGUUCUCCUGCUCUGCCUCCGCCUCCACCUGGAUUUGGGGUGUGA